UGCAGCUUGUAGGCAGCGUUUGAAAACCUUGACCAGGUUCUUGUGGGUCAAGAAAUGAAAUCGGUGAUGACAAGGGCAUACUCGAAGACUAGAUGCGACCCUUUCUUAAUGAACAAUGAUAUAUACAGGCAUAUCAUUUAUGUUGUUAGUCAGUACUGCAUCGAGAAAAUACGAGAACAAGUUGAGCUAUUCAACAAGGAAGCCAGUGAAAAGAAAUACAGUGCCUGCACACAUAUAUUUCAAGCAACGAUGAAAAUCUCAUGUCGACACAAGAUAUUCCAUGCAGAAUAUGAAUCUCUAAUUGACAAUGACGACAUGCAAUGUAUGGUGGUGCGUAAGGAUAUUGCAAUCCAGCUAGAGUGGAUUGAUCGUCGUUGGUUUAUUAAGGACACUGAGCCAGUUUCCAAUGCUGAAGAGUCAGAUCAACUCGAAUCAACAAUUUCUGUUGAUCAGUAUAAAGCAGGCACAGACUGGUAUACUGCUUUAUACAAUUUGGAUAAAGCGUUUGAAGCAAUCCCAUUCGAUUAUAUGAAGAAAGAAAAACUAGACUCAAUAAUUAAAUUGACUGAGUCCAUCAACAAUAUUUCAGAAAUGAAAUUAUUGCAACCAAUGGCCAAAAAAUGUGGAUUUCCAAACUCGCAGAAAACCUCAAAGACUGGGAGAAUACUGUCUCAGGGCGAGAAUACCGAGUUGAGGAUUAAGGAAGACAUUCGUGCGAUAAAAAAGCAAGAAACCCUUAAAAAGGUCAGAACAACGAUAGCUAUGAGAGCUGCAAAGGCCGUCUUGUUAGAACAGAAAAAAAAAACAAAAAAGCAACCCGUGGAAUUUACAAACCUGUCUCCGAUAAGUCCAUUAAGAGUAUGGUAAAAGAUGGUGUUCCUAGUUUUAUGAUAGAGCACAUUGACGGUGUUAUUGACGUUGGAAAGGAUGGAAACUGUGGGUUUCGUGUCAUAGCAAUCGCUUUAGGUAGAAAUGAAGACGACUGCUAUGACAUCAGAAGAGAGCUUCUGAUG